ACAAUAAAAGACACAUUGACAUGGAACUUUAGAGUGGAAUAUUUUUGCACUACCAGCAAGUUUCAGUUGUUUUUCUUAUAAUGUUACAAUUAUCCAACAAUUGAAUUUAUUCAGUCGCAACAACUAUGGAGGCUUUAAAUAAUAAUUUUUUUUCUCGACCUAUAAACAACUGUGUUACAAAGAUGUGCGGAGUUCAUAGUUCUAUCGGUUUCCCUCAUUCCGAAACGCUUUCUGAGGAAAUGAUGACACAAAGAAAUAAUUAUGGAUUUCAUAAUAUAGGAUAUAACCCAAGUUGCUUGCAAUCAGUGAGUUUAGCGGAAUUGCGCAAUAGUUUUCAAACAUUUUCACAAGCAGAACAAAAACAGACAGUUAAAACAGAAAAGCAAAAAAGAAAAGUUGUUAAGUUAAAGGCCCACAUGCGUGUUUUACCCAUGCGUGAGCAUAGCGCGAUACGCUACUAUCCCGUUGUGGACCCGUUGAAUAAAGGGGCUCAUUAUUUAAUGUGCGGACAUUGUUCAACAAAACACCUCUUUGGACAGUUUGACAUGAUGAAAAGGCAUUUAAAACGAUGUAAAGGAUUUUUACAUGAUUGUCAUAGAAACAAUACAGCUACUAUUGAAUUACAAUUAAGUCAGUUAAGCACAAGGGAUUCAAUUAGCAACAGCCAGCCCGACAUUGAUACGAUGAUCGAUAUGUCCGAAUUGUCACAACUUCAUGCGUCGCAAGCUGGUGAAAAAAAUGAACAUGGAUUGAAAAGCAUACAAUAUUAUAAUGAUAAAGAAAAACGAAAACAACACUGUAGCUUUUCAACGUCCUGGAUAGGUCGUAAAAAAUGUGAGAAUGAAAUCUACUUAAGCAAUAGUCAGGAAGAACAAAUGAAUGAAUCAUGCUCUGCUGAGAUAAGUAGUACUUUUAAUGGGUCAUUUUUGCUGUCAAAUUUACAAAAUAAAGAAAAAAAUUCGACAACAAUUAAUGGGUAUCAUUCAUCCAACGUCAUCGAAAAGGGUUUUUCCAAAUUAAAUAAGCUACCUUCAGAAAAUAAACAACUCUUGCGCGAAGAAAAUCUAAAUAAUUCGUGCAUGACGGCAUAUGAGUCUCGUGUGCUUUCUGGUGUAUCCGAUUACAAAGAUUGUUUUACUAUUAGUACGCAAACAAGUGUCAGCUACUUAAAAAAUUCAAAACGUAAACAAGAGAAACAUAAUGGUUGUUCCAGGACGUCAAUCACAAAAAUUUCAAACUGUACUUUAUCUACGACAACAUUUUCAGUUCCGCAGCCGAAAACAACCUCUUUAACCUUAGCUAAAGAAAAAAAGAGUGUAAAAAAGGGUUCAGUAUCUGAUUCAAAAAAUUCAACUUCAAACAAAUCGCCAAAGAUUAAAAAAAGAAAUAUGAUUUGCAAGAUCUCUAAAACGCUUUACAAUUUCGGAGAUUUAGCCUGGAUUUUAAACGCAUCGAAUUUUUGGCCAAUUCUGAUUUUAGGUGUAACAAAAACAUUAAGUGAAAACUCCGUUUACUUUGUUUUUAUGAUUGAAACUAACCAAGUACAAACUUGCGCUGAGAAAGACAUAAAAUCAUGGGAGCAAGGACUACAAUGUUGGUCGAAUUUGUCAACAGGAAUGCGCCGAGCUAACAAGAUAAAAUAUACAGCUGUCGAAACGGCAAAAUGUUUAUUAAAUAAAAAUAAAGAGGAUUAUUUAUCUAUAUUGAAUAUUCCCCAACCUAUCUUUGAUAAAGUUCAUCAAUUAUUGUUGGAAGGAACAACAAAAUCAUUUACACUCGUAUCUGAAAUAUUUGAGGAUACGUUAUCUUUUAAAACGAAAAUGAAUGGUGUAUGUGAAACAGAUCAAUCAGGAACAGGAUGUCGUCAUGGAAGAUACGGUGUACACCGACACCAAGGUAUACAACACCAUCCGUCGUCAAACAAGCUAUUAGAGUUUCUUGGAAGUCAGAAGUUUUAAAGUAGUUGUUGUUUCAUUUGUAUAGUCAUUUU